AUGAAUAGCAGUGAUAACAAGAAGAGGAAGAGAGCAGCGCAAAGGGUGGAAACGGAUGAGAUUCAAAUGCAAUCCAACGCUCAAUCAAUUACUUCGGAUAUGGACUUGUUAUUGGGUGAAUUCGGAGUUGAACGCGUUAGUGAAUUCGUGGCCGAUGAAGAAUAA